AUGGAACAGCAAAAGGAAGGGACUGGGCCAGAGGGGAGCAACGUGCCGUCCCCAGGGACUGAGUCGCUGCCGCCUGCACCUUUCCCAGCCCUGUUCCCUUCUCUCCCGGGCACCCCAGAUCCAGCUCACCUGGGGCUCCCCGAGAGCCUGGCCUCUGUCACUGUCCCCAUUCGUCUGGAUGCCCUCUCCUACCUCCUGCACAGCGCCCUGAUGGGGGCCUACACGCUUCAGCAGUCCUUGCCCUCCUGCCCCUGCGCCCCCCAGGCGUGCUGCACCCAGCCGCGCGCCGCCAAGAGGCCGCCCAGGGGACGCGGGGGCUGGGACGUCCGCCGCAGGCCAGGCCGGGGUCAGGGCCAGCGGCAAUGGGGACUUGGGAGGGCUGGGCAGGCAGAGAGGGGCUGGGUGGGGAGCCCUGGGGCUGGCCCCAAGACCCCGCCGGUGACGCUGCCAUCACCAGCACCACCUGCCCAGGGUGGGAAGAAGGGCGCCCAGGGUCCGGAGCCGCCCCUGGAGACGCCGCCCGCUGAGGACUGGGAAGUCGAGUACUAG